CACCCCAGCCGCUGAGCACCAGAAGCGACCACAAGCAGCGACGAUCACGGCGAAGGCGACAGUGUCGAUCGCAGCUCUGUCCCGCCGUAGUGCCACCAUAGAUUCUUAGAUUCUUUGCAAUUGCCGUGUGAAACCACCAUUUUUUCCCGUCGUCCCAGCACCGUAAAAUCUAUAUUGACUUUUCGCAUGGUUGGUACAGAAGACAUUUUCCGUCGUUUCCAGAAAGCUCGCGUGUCCGUACUUUUGCCUUACCUUCUGAGGGCUAACGAAUUACUGACUACGACUGCGCCGUCUUUAAAAACUGCGGCGCAGCAGCGAAUCUGCGAAUGCAGGAGUUAAAAGAUGGUGCAGUCGAGUUCGGAUUCGUGUCGCCUCCCGCGGCUGCGGCUACGGCAGCGUCUGCGGCCCAUCGCGCAGCUGGUGCCGGUCGCGCUGGCGCUGUCGGCGACGAGCACGGCGGGCGGCGGGCGGCGUACGCUGCACCGGCGGGACUUCAAAGUGCCUGGUGCGGAGUGCCUGGUGCGGCGUGCCUGGUGCGGUGUGCCUGGUGCGGCGUGCCUGGUGCAGUACGUGAACUGGGUGGUCAGUACGUGGUGCAAGGCAACUUCGUGGUCAUCAGCGCCGACUCGUGGGGCGACUGGGAGCACAACGGCGUCGACCUCGCGGUGGGAGCCCGCCCGGUCGACCGAGUUACCUACAUGGCUGCAUCAUGCGGUACCCUACUCGCGCACUGAGUGGUCGUCAGCGCCUCUUGCGGCCACUGGGAGCAGUAACGGUGCCGACCUUGGGGUGAGUCCACGUGGCGCCUCGUCGUUGCGCUGCUCGUCCGUGCUCUCUCUCACUCGUGGCGGCAGGCAUCGCUGCACCCUGCGCCGUGCAGCUGUUCUGUUCCGCCGCCACCACUCCACCUGCUCGCCAUUCGUCACGCUCUUGCCCGCGCCACCCUUCCCCCCCCCCCCCACACAAAACCUCCCCCCCUCCUCUGUGGUACACGGCGACCCCGAUGGGUACACGGCGUUUUCGAAGGAGGGGCAGACGCAGGGAAAAUUUGAGUUUAGGGCAUGUCGCAACGCGAGGGCACUACCGCUUCUGCUGCACCAACAAGGCGCCAAUGUUUGAGACGGUGUCGUUGGAGGUGUUCGUGGGGCACCAGGUGCAGCCCCAUUAGAUCGCCAAGGAUGGUGAGGGCAGGGCGGAGGAUGGUGAGGGCAGGGAUGUGCCAUUGCUCAGGCGAGGAUGGUGGGGCGUGUGCGGGUUGCAACCGAGCUGCCAGCGCUGCACGUCCACGUGGUUGACUUCACUCAUGCUUGGAAGGCCAGCAGCACUAAGGAAAACGCUUCAGCAAAGGAAUGGAAGUUCAAAGUACCUUAGCACAUCCUGCCCAUUGUGACAAAGCUCUCAUGGCUGCACAACCACAUCACCAGCGUCCACCUAGAGGCCAAGUGGUUCCACGCCCAGUCAGAGCGCCAGAACGAACUGGCCAAGGCCAAAACACGCAAGCUGGUGGUGAAGACCGUGGUUCAGUCACUCGCUCUGACGACAUGCCCCUUGGUGCAGGUCUACCUGCUGAGACGCCUCUUUGAAAAGCAGAUUGGAAGGACGACGGUGUGAUUGCUUGUGUGAGCUCCUUAAUUAUUAUGCAAAUAUGACCGCUAUUAUUCUGUUUCUUCUUGUGUCCAUUAAAUGUUCAGUUCAGAUGAGACUAGUGUUAUUUGUUUAGUGUAGAUUUCUCCAACGUCAACUUCAAUCGGAG